AUGACCCAAUUAGCCAUGUCUCCAACGGGAUUCCAGCCCGAAGAGCCUCUCCCUCGCCCAGCAUUCACCAACAGAACCCCCGAAAGCACUCUCAAAGACGAAGAAUGGAAACACCGCUCACCAUACACAAUGCAGACCGAAGCAGAACUCGGGCCCAUCAAGUGGCGCGGGAAAUGUCUCUGUGGAAAAGUGACCUAUGCCUUGAAGCGAGAGAAACCGCUGAAUGCAAAAUACUGUCAUUGCCGGGGAUGUCAGGUCGCUCACGGGGCCCCUCUGCAGUGGGCAGUAAUCUUCCAUAAGAGUGAUAUGUCGUUCAUCAACGGAUCCAGCGGUCUGGUGUUCUACUCGUCCACACAUCAGUCCCAGGAAUAUGGAUUGCCAACCAAAGUUUACUGUGAUAAUUGCCGGACGCCAAUCAUGGACGAGGGCCGAAAUGUUUGCUUGAUUUUCCCGCAGUUGAUGGAGCUGGAGGGAUCAAGUGAUGAACAGCGGCAGAAGAGGGAGCCCUUGAAACCAACGUAUGUAUCUGCAAUGGUCCAUUGUGUCGGGUUCACUGACAGUUCUUGCAGUUGUCACAUCUUUUACGAAACACGCAUGACAGAUAUCCCAGAUGGCCUUCCGAAGUGGAGAGGAAUGGAAAAUGCCAGUGAUCGGCUGGAUGAUCAGGGCAACCACAUUGAUAGCCUUUCGCGGUAA